CUAGUCUUUCCAAUUUUGGUAAGCGCCGCAAACAAAAGCAAAAUUUGCAAACACAAAUUUGUAAAACUCGAAAUUCAACUUUGAAGAAGAAGAAGAAGGAAAUGACGAUUUGCAUGUGUUGCGAUUCACACCUAGUAACGAAACCAAUUUCGAAUCCAUGGAGUUUUCCGAGGAGAACGAAGCUAGGUUUUGUACAGAUCCGUCGCCGCUUUCCCGAUAUUACCGUCAAGGCUUCGGCGGUGGAUUCACCUGAGAGUUCUUCAAAUUUCGCUAAGCGUAUGGAUCAAGCUUGGAUUAUCUCACAGCAACCAAGUCCUGUUGGAUGUUCGUCGUGCAAUGCAAAGGGUCAUGUUGAAUGCAAAUGGUGUGCGGGGACAGGAUUCUUCAUACUAGGUGAUAACAUGCUUUGCCAAGUACCCUCAAGGAAUACUUCUUGCGUGAUCUGCUCUGGACAGGGCUCUGCUUGCUGUAGGGAUUGCAAAGGAACUGGGUUUCGUGCCAAGUGGUUAGAACAGCCUACAGUGCCGUCGUAGCUGAUGAAUACGUGAGGGUUUUCCAAAUCUUUGAUGAUUGUUUAUGGAGCUAGAAUGUGUAUAUCACUUUAUAUAUAUAUUGAUUCGAGUUGAAUCUGAAGUAGAUAUGCAUAUAUCUUUAUACAUGUGUCGUGUAUAUAUGUUCAUUUAUUCUUUGUGCAAUAGUAGUAGCAAAGCAUCGUCUUCGUAUUU